CCACGCUCCCGGCACCGGCCCCCGCCCCUCGCUGCGGCGGCAGCGGCGGCCACCGGCAGCGGCACGGCGGGUGCGGCGGAGAGGUCCGGGUCCGAUGAGGUCUCUGUGCGCCGGUGUGAAAAGUAGCCCCCGACGGAGCCCGAUUCCCCGCCAUGCCCUGGAGCGUCCAGUGGGUCGGCGGCCGCGGCGCCCAGUCCCAGAAGCAGUGCAAGAAAUCCUCCUUUGCCUUCUACCAGGCAGUGAGGGACCUGUUGCCAGUCUGGUUUCUGGAGGACAUGCGGACCAUGGAGGUCUUCCACUGGGAGGAUGGGGGCAAGGUGAGCGUGUACUCGCCCUCAGAGGCCCUACUCUAUGCGCUGGUGCACGACCAUCAGCCCUAUGCACGGCACCUGUUGACUAAGUUUCCUCAGAGUGCCCUGGCAGCGCCCAGCCAGAGCUUCAGCUGCUGCCAGUCUUCGGCCCCGCACCUGGUCAUGGCUGUCCGCUACAACCGGAUCCGCAUCCUCUUUCGAAUCCUCAAGACCAUCCAAGCCUUCCCGCAGAGUGACAGAGCUGGCCACUUGGACCGCCAGGGCUGCAGCCGGGUAGAGGGUGGCAAGACAGCCUUACACGUGGCCUGUGAACUGGUGCGACCCGAGUGCUUGCUCCUACUGCUUGGGCACGGUGCAUCUCCCUGCUUGCAGGAUAGUGCUGGGAAUACCCCUCUUGACACCUUGCUGCAGCAGAUUGCCCACACGCCAGCAGCUAACAUGCGUGCCAAGCUCCUCUGCCUCGACUGCCUCUUCUUCUUUGUGCCUCAGGACCUCCAGUUCACAAUGAAACAGCAACUGUUGGACAGUCGCCAGCAGUGGCAGGACCUGCUCGGGGAGAACAGGUUCCAGUGCCUGGUGGGUUUGGUUCCCCCAUCACUGUUUGUUGGAGCCAUGCGUGUCUUGAUAAGGACCAUUUCACCUGAGCAGUUCCCAGAGGCUCUGGAUGAUCUGCCUCUGCCUCAUUUUCUGAAGCCUUUGGACUUGAAACUGGAGAGCUAGAGGGGUGGUAUGAGAGCCUCCAGCUCACCUGACAGAAAUAGACUGUUGUGCUGCAAACUCAUCAGUAUACGAAGCUGCAAAUGCAGCAGCCACGUAUCUGUUUUAAUUAGAACUGCAUUUUAAAACCUAAUUAUAUCCAGCACUUUACAAUAUAUAUUUUAUUUAAAGAUCCUUGUGGUGAGGUCUGCACUGUGUUUUAUAAAGACAUUCUAUGGCAUGGACAAAUGAGGGUAUGUGGGAGAAUAUAUUUGUAAAUAGAUCUGAAUAAAACAGAGGCAGAUGCAAUCAAAA